AUGAGGAUGUGUGGACAUACCCGGUUGGAUAUGAUUAGGAAUGAAGUUAUUGGGAAAAAGGUGGGAGUAGCCCCUGUGGAGGAUUAUAAGAUGUGGGAGGCGAGGUUGAGAUGGUUCGGGCAUGUUAAGAGGAGAAGUAUAGAAGCCCCAGUUAGAAGGUGCGGGCGGUUAGCCUCGGUGGGUAGCAGGAGAGGUAGAGGUAGGCAUAAGAAGUCUUGGGGAGAGGUUAUUAGGUGGGACAUGGCGCAGCUGGAGCUGACUGAGGAAAUGGCCCUAGACAGGAGGUCGUUCUCUAGCCGAAGGUGUAUCGGAAACAGCCCCUCAGCCUUUUCAAGGUAG